CCUCUUCCUCCCAGGCCUCUGACUGAUUUAAACAGGAGAGAGCUUAAGAGAAAAUGACACCUAAACUACAACAGGUGAUUAGGUUGCUGAUGGUUCUGAUCCGCAGUAACCGAGGGAAGUCACGCGCAGUCGUUAAAGGCGGGUUGCUGGUUCUGGUGUCCACACCGCCAACAUACACCGUUGCAGCUGCUGGUCCCUGGUGUUCCAAAGUGGCCAAGAAACACAUUAAGAAAGAGGCUACUGACCGACUUUCCUCCAUUGUCUCUCUUUGUCACUGCCCUUAUCCUGAAGAGCUCUGCAAGUUUUCAGAUAACUUUGGGCCUUUACGCUUUUCACAUUCAUUCCAGGUCAAUCAGGACUGUGAGGAAUUGGAGAUUGCACGAUUUCUUCAUAGAUUCAGUCUGGUUCAUGCUCAGAUCACAGUUAUCUUCAAAGUGAUGAAUAAACAACAAAUACACCAGCAAGUAUUCAGCGUCAAAAGUACAUAUUCCAUGUUGGGCCAUGCCAUUGCCAUGGACAGCGCUGCGUUUGGACAGACUCCGUUCUCUGUGAAGUCUCUCCCAUCGUGUAACCAGAUGCACCCAGUUUUAGGAGAGACACUCUCUCUCUUACUCUCCCCUGAAGCUGUGGAGGCUGGGCUGUGUGGGGAGGUGAGCAUCUCUACCAUGGCUGUGCUCGGACCCUGCAUGAAGCAGUAUCCCAACUGGCCAACUCGCAUCUCACGCAUAUGCUUCUUAGUGUAUAGUCCCAGUGGCGUUCCUCUAAUGCGAGGAGAGAGUGAGAUGCAGCUGAGCUUCCUCCAGAGCCUGGCUGACUCUCUGCCCCGGGGAGAGCUGGGCCUGCCUCAAGUCCGCUCUACUCAAACACACCCUGCUCAUGACUGCGUGUGCUCUGAGGUGGAUUUCUCCAUAGACAACGAUCACAGUGAGGAACCUAUGCCAAAAUACAGCAGGGCUGUGAGUCAGGAUGUGAAGCUGGAACAGAGUCGUCCUGUGGAGCAAACGCUCAUUGUUUUCAUUUUCCUCCAGCACAAUGACCCCUUUAACUCCCAGCUAUCUGACUUGAUCACAAAUGAAGAGACUUUAGAGACACACUUGGACAAGGUACUCUGGUGCAAUGGAGAGAAAGUGAAGUCAGCCCUGCAAUCUCUGCUGGAAAACACCCUCAAGGAAUUCCUGAAAAGGAAAAAGGCCGGAGAAUCAUUUCAGACGGCCAUGUCGGUGAUCCUGAGCUCUGUGAACAGUAUUGUGAGAAGCAGUAGCAGCGUAAAGUUUCGCUCUGCCUGUCUAAAUAGCAUGAAGGUACAGAACACCCAUGAUUUGUCUAUAUCCAUGCACCAGACUCUUCAGAGAGUCAUACAUGGCCGUUUCACAUCCCGUCCCAAGUGCACAACUGACAAGGCUGAAGAGGAAGCUGUUUCAGAACAGAAUAGCACUGAGACCUGUGAAGAGGGUGAGCUGCACUGUCCCUCGCUUAUACAGAGUCACAUUCCAGGACUAACUGCCAAGAGGGCUCAUGAAGCUACGGAGAUGUCUCUGUUAACCUCUAAGAGACAGUGUCCAGAGACGACUGCAAGGGAUUCAGAAACCUCUACCAGCAGUGUGUGGGAGAGUCCAGUGGCAUCUCUGUUCUGUGCACCGCUCUCGGAGGAACUGGGUGAAGAAAUGUGUUUAGCAGGAACUUCAUCUGGCCCCCUGUAUGAUACUGAAAUUAAAAACCAAGAGGUAAAGAGCAACAGGUUCCAGUGGUGUUUUUCCAGACUCGCCUCAGCGAGGAUGUUCCCCUGCCUGGCGCAUCGGCCAUGGCAGAAGUUGUGCAGGGUUUACUUGCACCAGCGAGCUCACCUGUCUCAGCUCCCACCCCGAGUAUCACGGCCCUGUUAUGGCUGGCAAAACAGAUGUAAAGGCCACAGUCUGUGGUUUAGCUUCCCUGACCCCAGAGGAGCUUCUGUAGCCUGGGCACAGGUUCAGUACUUUUCUACAACCAGCAGCAGCAAAGAUGGACCGCCACCAGAAUCGGGACAAAGUGGGACAAAACCUACAGAUGAAGUGCUCACUGCUAAGCCCUCCAAAGAGGCGGCUGGAUUCAAACCUCUGAGUCUAUCAAAAGCUGAGAGCAUUCAAGUAAAAGUGAGGGCCGUGCUGAAGAAGCGGGAAUACGGUACCAAAUACACUCAGAACAAUUUCAUUACUGCUGUCAGGGCCAUGAAUGAGUUCUGCCUCAGACCCAGUGACUUGGAGCAACUGAGGAAGAUUCGUCGACGGAGUCCACACGAUGACACCGAGGCAUUCACCGUCUUUUUACGCUCAGAUGUGGAGGCCAAAGCUCUGGAGGUUUGGGGCAGUAUGGAGGCCCUUGCUCGAGAGAGGAAUCUCAGGAAAGAGGUGGAGCAACAGUACCAAGAGAAUAUAUUCCGCAAUCAGCAGUUGAUAAAGGAGUACAAAGAUUUCUGGGGGAACACAAAACCUCGAUCGGGCAAAAGGGCUACUUUCCUCCAAGGGCCAGGAAAGGUGGUGAUGGUAGCGAUAUGCAUAAAUGGACUGAAUUUCUUUUUCAAACUCCUGGCGUGGGUUUAUACUGGAUCAGCCAGUAUGUUCUCAGAGGCCAUCCAUUCCCUGGCGGAUACCUGUAAUCAGGCUCUUCUUGCACUGGGAAUAAGUCAGUCUGUGCGUAACCCUGACCCCGGUCAUCCAUAUGGCUUUUCCAACAUGCGCUACAUCGCCUCCCUCAUCAGUGGUGUGGGCAUUUUCAUGAUGGGCGCUGGUCUGUCCUGGUACCAUGGAAUUAUUGGACUUAUGCACCCUCACCCAAUAGAAUCGCUGCUCUGGGCGUAUUGUAUUUUAGCCGGAUCUCUAGUAUCAGAAGGAGCAACGCUACUGGUGGCCAUUAAUGAAAUCAAGAAGAGUGCUCAUAAGCAAGGACUGUCUUUCUAUGAAUAUGUAAUGCAGAGUCGAGAUCCCAGUACCAAUGUGGUUUUGCUGGAGGAUGCCGCAGCUGUUCUGGGUGUUGUGAUGGCUGCAGGCUGUAUGGGUCUAACCUCACUCACAGGUAACCCUUAUUAUGACAGUCUGGGUUCCCUGGGUGUGGGCACUUUGCUUGGAACCGUCUCAGCCUUCCUCAUCUACACCAACACGGAGGCUCUGUUGGGUCGUUCCAUCCAGGCCGAGCAUGUGCAGAAGCUCACAGAGUUUCUGGAGAAUGACCCUGCUGUUAGAGCGAUUCAUGAUGUGAAGGCCACCGAUAUGGGACUGAGUAAAGUGCGUUUCAAGGCUGAAGUAGACUUUGAUGGACGGGUGGUUACGCGGUCCUAUCUGGAAAAGCAGGACAUCGAGCAGAUCCUUAAUGACAUUCAGCAGGUGAAGACUCCUGAAGAGCUUGAGGCUUUUAUGUUGAAGCAUGGAGAGAACAUAAUUGAUACCCUGGGAGCAGAGGUGGAUCGUCUGGAGAAAGAGCUCAAGCAACGUAAUCCAGAAGUGCGUCACGUCGAUCUGGAGAUCCUGUAAUGCUGCGAAGGCAGAGAGAAGAGCCCAGCACCUGUGUGGCAGAGAGGAACCCGGCCAAGUUGAAGGAGGUUUAGGUGUUUCUGCACCUCUACUGAAUCAGCUCUGACCCACCCUCCAGAUGAAGUCUUACUUUUCAGCAGUACCAUGUCAAUGUAGUGUUCCCUCAGUCUGAUACUUCUGUAAGCUAACAAUGCACCCGUCGUUCCGUUUUCGGUCCCAAAGAGUUCAUCCGCUCGACCUAGUAUGCUUUACACUCAUGAAGUCACCUCAUGUUUUAAUGUAGUAAUGCUAAUGAAGGAGCUUUUUGAAAUUGUGUGGAUAUGAAAAUGCAGCUGGACAUGAGCUGCUCGUUAAAACAGCACACCGAGACGUAUAGAUAUACUUUAAAGGGUAAAGCAGGAUUUCGAAUGAAUCUCAUUUUAGAGCCGGCUCACUCCUUUCAACAGGUCAGGCGUCCGACCAGAAAAAAACGAUUCUUCUUAUUCCACAAGUGUUUUAAUCCCUGUACAAGUGAGUACAGAAUGCAAGGAUGAGUGUUUUGGACAAACGUCUUAGGCUUUAUGGAAGAUUAUUAUUAUAAUAUAGAAAGAUAUGUUUUCCCCUCGAGUAAAUGAAGAUGUUUUAUUUCAUCCCAGUGAAUAAAAUAUAUGGAUUAAUUAGUUGUAAUUAUUAUAGUUCAUGGUGAUAGAUAUAUUGUCACAUGUUGUGACAGACGAUAUGCUUGAUUCUGACGUAGUCGAGUACAUUGUCCAGUUCAACAGGUUGUUCACUGUAAAUCUUUUUUGAGUUCAUUUUACGAUGAAUGAGAGCGAGAGUCUCGAAGUAACAGUGACAGAAAGAGAGCUCAGACCAAUUGAAACCCCCUCACAUCCUCUGCCCAUUCAUCACAAUGAUGACAUGGCUGACCUUUUGGUACGUACAGUUAGAUAGCAGCACAGGACAUCCUUAAAGAUUGACAGGCAUAAGUUUGUUCACCCCUCCUUAUAACACUGAUGGAAAAAGAAUCAGAGUGCUGCGUGUCCUCUCACCAUUUUCUUUAAGGCUGUACAGAACGCGUUUUGCUCUUCGUCUACAUCCUCAUCCUCUGCUAAUGACACUAACACGCAGCAUUCAUAGUAUCAGCUUAGUGAUUAGAAAUGAACACAGGUGAAAACAGUCACAGGCUGUGAGAUGACCAACGUGCAGUAGUGAUGUCCGGUCCGAAAAUAAAGAAGCACCGCGUCGGUGAGAAAAGUGACUAAGGUUCUGAGCUAAUAAGAAGAAGGUUGUGGGUUCAAAUCCUCAGAUUUAUGGCUGAAAUGUAUUUUGUCUCGCUGAUAAGUGACAGGAUGAAAUUCUGCACUCUGUAAAAUGAACUCAUUUCAAUGUUUAAAUAAACCAUCCUCCAUUGCAUGCUACUGAUACAGAAGAGAAAGUAUCUCUGUAGACCAUUUCUAUAAUGUAGAUGUGAUUACCACAGACAUGUUUCUGACUCCUGAGAAGUAAAUAAAAUACCAUUUAUUUGAAA